AUAGCCGUGCGUGUACCGGGUACUUCUCGGGAGCCAGUGGGUCGGCUUAUUUUGCGUAUUACGGACGGAGAUGGACCAGCUCAAGAACGACCUGGCCCUGUGUAUUGAGGAUGCUACUCCCAGGUAUAAGGCGAGGAAGCGGCGACGACACGAGAUAAACGAAUCUACAACCAAGCAACCAGCAAUGGAAAAAUAUGAGAAAAUAAGUAAGAUCGGAGAGGGAUCUUACGGUGUUGUUUUCAAGUGCAGGAACAGAGAAACAAAUCAACUUGUGGCAAUAAAAAAGUUUGUAGAAUCAGAAGAUGAUGCGACUAUCAAGAAAAUUGCCAUGCGAGAAAUCAGGAUGUUGAAGCAACUAAAACAUCCUAAUUUGGUAAAUUUGACAGAAGUCUUUCGGCGGAAAAAACGUCUUCACUUAGUCUUUGAAUAUGUUGAUCACACGGUGCUGCAUGAAUUGAUUAAACAUCCCCACGGGGUUCCUGAGCCAUUGACCAAAAGAAUAAUUUACCAAACACUGUUAGCAGUGAACUUCUGUCAUCAACAUAAUACAAUACAUAGAGAUGUGAAACCAGAAAACAUUUUAGUCACAAGACAAGGCCAGGUUAAGCUGUGUGACUUUGGUUUUGCCAGGGUUUUAUCUGGUCCGGGUGAUGAGUACACAGACUACGUUGCAACGCGCUGGUACCGUGCCCCAGAGCUGCUGGUUGGCGACACACAGUACGGACCACCCGUGGACGUGUGGGCUAUAGGAUGUGUAUUUGCUGAACUUCUCACAGGACAGGCCUUGUGGCCAGGCAUAUCAGACGUCGAUCAGCUGUAUCACAUCAGGAGAACAUUAGGGGAUCUUAUACCACGUCACAUGGAAAUAUUUUCUACAAAUGUCUUCUUUAAAGAUAUGAAGAUUCCAACACCUGACAAACAGGAACCUUUGGAAGAAAAGUUUUCCCAUGUUAACAGUCAAACACUAGAUUUUAUGAAGCACUGUCUAACAAUGGACCCAAGUCAUCGCAAAUCAUGUGCAGAGUUACUACAGCAUCCAUACAUGGAGAGAGAAAUAGGAGUAGAAAGUAAACCUGCCAGAGAACCGCGGAGGAAUAAACCCAUCUCUCGGACGAGUAACUACCCAUAUGCAGCACUGCCUCAGCUGACAAACCACCCAUUUACAUCAUCUCCGGUGCCAAACCCGAAAUACCAGCAUGCGAACAAGCAUAAAAAGUUUGACCACUUUCCAAAUAUCUGACUGGCAGGCCAAGGGGUGAUGCGACCAGAUGGCAACUAAAUAGUGCUGCCAUCUGUGGACAGAAUCCUGGAGGCCAUAUUGUUUUGUCAGGGAUCAUUUGAGCAUAUACUACGUGAAAUGCACACUUGUUGCAUUCAUUUCAUGCAGUUGUAUAAUUGACUUGUUAAAAAUGUUCUCAGGGUAUUUGUACUUUGUGAGACUUUGUGAGGUAGGGGAUAAAAAACCAUAGACUUUCUGGUUGUAAGACAUAUUUGGGGGGAAAGGGUGGCUCAUUGACUUUCUACUCAGGAAAUCUACUUUACAUUUGUUGUGUGUUGUAAAGUACAUUAAGAGUCUGUGUUUUAGUUUGCCUGUUGGAGGAGCAGUUUGAGCUCUGUACUUAAUUCUGGGGCCUAAAUUCACAAAGUUCACUUAGGCUCUCUUAAGCUGCAUCGCAUCGUCUUUGCAAGUCUUAUUGCAUUGUUCUACGAGAUAACAACGUUGCGAGAGUUUAGUGAAUUAGGCUCCUGGACUCUGGGUUCACAAUUAGAAUUUAGACUUACAGAUAACAUGGUGUUACGUUCAGACUUGAAACAUGGAGUUUUGAGUUUAGACUAAGUUUUAUGGAUUCAAGUUAAUUCAGAUGUAUAAUAUUGAACUAUGAAUUCCGACUAAGUUUUAUGAUCAUGGUAAUAAAGCAGUGCAUUGAUCAACCUAUGAAUGACACAUAUAAGCCAGAAAUAAAGAACGUAACACAUUUAAUGAAAAUAUUAAAUAUAGGAAACUCUCUAAAUCUCAAAGUUGCUGGUGCCAGCCAAUAAGUUUGAAAUAUUGUUGCAUUUCAGGUAAUUAAAUAUAUUUUGUGGUUAAAAUAAAAUACAUAAUAAAUAUUAUUGCAGACGAUUCAAGUUUGGGUAAGCAGGACAGUUGUAAACAUGUAGUGCUAUUGUUUUCCUUUUGUUGUUUGAACAUAUUGUCAUAGGAGAAACACUGAACAUUGCAGAUGUCAUCAGUGAAAUUUUGCUAUUACAGUACAGGCAUGAUUAGGAUUUUACAUGCUCCAAACACCCAAGAUUGGCUGACUGAUAAUUAUUAGCACCAAAUUCUUUGUUCCAGUCUGGUUACAGCAGAGAAAAGCAGUUUAAUAUUUGUUCUUUACUUGUUUUAAUGCCACAAGUCUAUAACAAUUCAAACCUUUGAAUCCCACUAAUUGUUUAGGCAUGACACAAUAAGACAUUGCAGAUCCUUCUUCAGGAUAUUUUCAAUUGGUAAUUAAUACUUGAAAAAUGCAGUUACUGGGUACAACAACAAAAGAAAAAAGUUUAUUCAUUGCAAGUAUCGUAACAUAAUUGGUAUCUAAGAAUCAAAGAUGAAAAUAAUAAAGCAAAAAUAUGUCCUUGUUUAUUGUUUCUUAAAAUAUUUUUAUUAAAUUUUGAAGUUAUUUUUAUUUAGGAAAAUAUGUUUCAAUUUUGAGAAGAAUGUAAAAAACAUAUAGUAAAUAUGUCAUUUGAAAUAGCAUGAGUCAUUGGAGACAACGUGUGUAUUUUUAUGUCAAAGUUUGAGAUGAAUGUACAAACACUUGCAUCUUUUCAGAGAGAAAAGCUUGAGUGCCAUUUUUGUAGAGAUAACAUGAUGUUUGAGAAAACAGAGUUUGAGAUGGAGAGAGUUUACUGUUGCAUAUGUUUAAUAUUAUAACACUACACUUUAGAAAACAUCAUUUUAUAACACUUAUUUAUUUAUAGUUAUAUUUAGACUGACAAAUUUUUACUGACUGAUUGACUAGGCCGAUUUAAGUGGUAAAACAGUAAAAUUAUUUUUAAAAACUUUACAAAAUGGACGAAAGACAAAAUAAUACAGUAAAAUCACAUUCAUAAUUUGGAUUGUUUGAAAAGACCAAUAGGACUUUCCCUAUUCGUUUGUAAAAAUUGCACAAAAAUACAUUUUUUAAAAUUCACUUGAGCCAGGGUUUGUGGGAUUCAACAUCCAAACCCUGCAUUACAUAUGUACCUAUAACAUUAGCAAAAGUAGGUCAUGAUACAAAACUCAUUUCAAAAACAGCAUUAAUAUCAAAACUAUGUCAUCUUUCAGGUCACAUGUUUAAAAUGGGGACCAGUGUCAUUACUAAAUUGCUUGUCAAGAAAAGCUGCUAAAUUUAUGUACCUUAAAUUAAGAAAUAUAUUUUCAAACACACCAACACAUCUUGGUUUACAUUAAAAGUUGUUAAUUUUUAUAUAAUAUAUAUUUUUUUAAUUUAACUUUUUGUAACUUUAACACUGCACAACAGAAUAUUUCUUCUUUCCUUUGUUUUUGUGCUGGAACUAGUGCUAAUAUGUCAGAUGUGUUUAUUUGUAUGUAUCUUUGGCUACAUUCCUUUAAAAAAAAAAAAAAAAAAAAAAUACUACAGAAGUUGUGUUUUUCAAUGGAAGCCAUUGCACAGCUAAUAAAUAUUUGCAAAGAACAUUUCGUUUUGUGAUAACAUUGAAUAAAACUCCAUUAAUGGUCAUAUUUACUAUUCAUUAUUGUAGCAGUGAAAUAAUGUGUGCUGUUGUUUCUUCUUUUUUUUUCUUUUUUUUUCAUGUGUAUACAACUGUAUGUUAACCAUUACACAAUCAAAUCUGUGAUUAUUGUGGUGUUAGUAGAGUUGGUAAUUGUGGUGAUUAAGUUGACGUGCUGUCUCGAUGAGUAUAGUCUUGAUAUUGGUAGUUUAUGAUUGAAGCAUUAUGUGAUCAAAUCACUAUGGACUGCAUUAAUGUGCUGUUAGUUGGUAUAUCUAGUGAUGUGACUGACAUGUUGUAAACACUUGUACACAUUAUGGAGGAAAAAAAAAGUCAUAAUUUAUUUGUAUGGAUGUUAUUUUCCCUUAAUGUUCUUAGACUAGUGAUAAACAUAGUAGGUGUUAUUUCUUUUAGCUUAAAUUGUGUUUUCAGGCAAUAUGGAAAUAGCAAACGGCUUUCUUUCUCAUAAUUAUAAUAUAAUAAUACAAUAUAUAUAUAUAUAUUUAUUUAUUUAUAUCUUAACCAUUUUAUCACUAUUGCAAAUGCAUAAUUUCUAUACAGGAUAUUUGUUAAACUGACAUUUUUAAUACAUUUUUUAAUGAGACAGAGAUUCUUAGGUUUUUACAAAAAUGUUUGUAAUCUGUGGUAAAACAUUUACAUUGAAUUACAAAGAAUAUAAUUAUUUGGCCACUUUAGACAGUGUUUUAGUAUUUUAAUAUCUAAAUUUGUUGUACUGAGCCCAACAUAGUUAACCUAAAUUAAUAUUAUUGUAUAUUACUGUUUGGUUUUGAGUGAUAAAAUCUUGUAAAGGUGAUUCUAAUUUAUUCAGAGAUUAAUUAAGACAAUUCCCUUUUGCAUUAAUUUUAAUAAAUUAAGAUUCCAGUUUACAGGUAAUUCACAAAUUAAAUAAUGAUGGAAAGGAUUGAAGCAUUCUAAAACAUGUCUUAAUGCUAUAAUGCAACUCUAUUGGUUCAGUACUUAAGCCAUUGAGUAAAAACUGGGUUCAUUUUCACCAGUGGAUUAAAAGUAAUUUGUUUGUUUAACAACACAACACCACUUGAACACAUUGACUAAUUAAUCAGAGGUUAUUUGAUGUCAGAUGUUUGGUAAUAGUGACAUAGUCUUCAGAGAAAACUGGUGACAUUUUUUUCUUCAGCAGCAGGAGAUCUUUUCUAAGCACUUUCCCUAGCAGCUAUUGGAAAUAUGUAGGUUUCCUCCAAGAUCAUCUCAGAAUUAUCAAAUGUUUGACAUUCAAUAACUAACAAUUCAAAAAAUCAGUGUGCUCUAGUGGUGGAGUUCUACAAAACAAACUUUUAAUUUAUCUUUACUGAAAUAUAAACAAAGCAUAAAACAAAUUAAAAUGAUUGUCUUUUUUUCUGAGGCAUCUUUACCUUUGCAUAGUGGAAGAAAGUGAGUACACGAAUGUUUAUUAAUUGCAGUAACUCAAGAUAUUGUAUAUAAUAUCUUUCCCAUCAUACCAGUAUGGAGUGUAAAGUGAACUGGGGAUGGAGGUGGAGGAUGAUGAUAGUGUUUUGUACUCGUUGAGGAAUACUUGGGAUAAAAUUGAAUGGGGAUGGGUAGAAGUCAAAAUUUAUAGAAAAGUGUUGCUUAAUCCUUUGACUAGCCUCUUUACAUAAUCCUUUGUAUGACUUGGGCUUCAGAUCUGAGAAGUUUCACAGUAGUUGCUGCCAACAUCUAAUAGCAGGAUCUAUUUAACUAGCAAACAUUCACCAAAGAGAUGUUACGUUUUCAAUCUGUUGCUUCCCACAUCCACAAAUUGCUAAUGAUAGCCAAAGAUUACCAUCAUGUCUUCGGAUUUAACACAUUAAUGUAGAUGAAAGUCCUUCAAAUAGUUGUAAAUAUUUGUAGGAAGAAAAACAUUUUGAUCAUCACAUUAAUUGUUUUUUUAAAUCAUAAGGUCAUGUAAUGUUUCCAUGCUGCAUGAGCAACAUUAGUAACGAACACACUGUGUCCAUUGCAGGGCUUGAACUUAUCGAUGGCACUGACAGCUGUGAAAGGAAUUGCUGUAGGUCAUUGGCUUUACUGAUGAAUGUUUUUUGCCACUUGAUAAUAAUUAUUGCUUUCAGGUUAUGUUUAUUUGUUGCAAAAGUUACUGGUUUAAAAUUGCUGAAGGCAGGCUAAAAUUUUGUCAGAGGUGAGCAUUUUGCAUACUGCAAAAACAUUUUUAAAUUGCCAUAGGUAAGAAAUUCAUACGUUCAAGCUCUGUAUUGGAUAUUUAAUAUGGUUUAUAUGCAUGUGCAUGGUGUUUGGUGGGACCAUUACUAAUGUUUCAUAUUUUCACCAUUUUAAGUACCUGACAUAGCAAAUACAUGGAUGCUAUGUUUUAAAAGUUUCAUAUUAAAUGUCUGUGUUGGCAGUGUUAUAUCAAAAUCAGUUGUUAAAUCCUUCACCAUGUAUUAUAUAUAUUUAUAUAUGUAGAUAUAUAUGUAGAUAUAUAUGUAUAUGUAUGUGUAUAUAUAUAUAUAUAUAUAUAUUAUAUUAUGUAUGUUGAGAUAAUAUAUGUUUAGUUAUUGAUAUUGUUACUGGUACAUUGUAUAUAUUUAUGUGAAUGAAUAGGUUUCAAGCAAAAUUUCAUUGGUUUAAUGCUACAGUUAAACUCAUUUGAACUAACAUACGUAGUCGAAACUGUGUUAGUAUUAGCAUAAGGUGGCCUAUUAAGAUAACUGGGUGCUUAGUACAGGUUAAUUUAUGCUAUAUUAAAUGGUUUAAGAGAAUAGGUGGUUGCUUAAUAGAGGUGGCCACUUGGGCAUGUUUGUCUAUAUAAAUCACUGGUCUAAAAUUGUAUAAUUAUUAUUUUGAAAUACAGUACUAAAGAGAAUUACAGUAGCUUGGCAGCUUUCUGAUUUAGUCUAUUUAGUGUUAUUUUCCACACUUGGGAAUUUUUUGUUCAGUGUACAUUUGAGUGGGUUCUAUGCAUUCUUUUUUCUAAUAUUUUCAAAAAAUUACAUUCACAUGUAUUUAGUGUUGUACUAUCAUCCUAUCAACCAAUACUGGUAUUGAAAAAUGCAUGCUUUAAUAUAUCACAGAUGGCAUUAGAAAAAUUAUUAAACUAGCUUUUAUUUUGUUAUUAAUGUUUUUUUGUGUGCAUAAGACCAACCAGCAUUUAAAAAAAAUAUAUCUACUAUGUUACCCUCAUAAUUAAUAUUAAUUAAUAUGGUAACAAUGAGAAUGCUAAACAUCAGCUCAUUGUAAAAAGAAAAACAAGAAGAAGAAAAAGCAUAUCUCAUUAAAGAUGUAAAAGUCAUUCCAAAAAAGGCCAAAUAUCUUAAAUUGUAACAGCAAUUGUAAUUGGAAAUUGUAAUCAAGCUUCUGUUGUAUUAUUUAAUUAUUUAAAGUUUCCCCAGCAUAUUGUUAGCCAUCAGUCAUUGGAUUUUACACUGAAUAACAGACAUACAUGUAUGUCAGAAUUGAAAUAUUGGGAAACAAAAUAGUUUGAGCAAAUUGGUUUUGUCAAACAGAUAAAAUUUAAACCUUCAUAAUUAAUAGCAUUUGUACUCGGCCUACUCCAGGAAAAGCAGACAUAAAUAUAUAAUUCCAGCAAACUUUUUUCCCUUUGUUUUUUUACAAUCAAACUUUUAUAUUAUUGUGAAAAGAUACAUUUAUUCAUGUUGAAUGGUUUGGAUUUUUUUUUAAACUGCUGGUUGCAAAGUGUACUUAAGUUGAAGCAAACUACAUUUGUCUCAUCACUUUGUUUACUAAGCCAGGCUUUUUACAAUUAUUGUAAAAAAAAGUCUUUGUUUAACACCACAAGAUAAAAGUCUCAACAUUUCGUCAUAUACAUGUUGACAUUGUCGGGAGAAAUUAAAAAUUAUACUGGCUGAAGUUUAAAGAUUCAAGAAAAAGACCUGUAUACAUUCAUUUGUGUAUACAUUCUGAAUUAUUAAUUUUUCCUGUUAGACCAGUUUCACAGUGUUCAAUAUAGAUAUUGUUAUUGCCGUCCAUGAUUUAUCUAACUACCUCUUUAGAGGUGACAAUCAUUGUUUCUUGACAACAGUAACCACAAGAUGACAAGAAAUUUUUUUAAAUUGUGUUUUUGUGAUAUAUUUACUUUAUAGUAGCAGAAUGGAAUUAACUUUUAAAACUUUGUGAUAUUUAUUCCAAUUUUUUUUUAACUUUACAAUGUGAUAAUUUAUUUUAACCUAUUUAUAUAUUUCUAAAUGUUUUCUUAUAUAGAUUGUUUUAAACUUUAGAACAUUAAUUAUUCUUGUUAACAUAUAGGUCCAAUAUUACACCUAUUACUUACUUAUUUCAACAAAUUUUCAAAUCCAUAUUUAAUUCUCAUCAACAGAUUUAAAAGUAGUUACAUGUGAAAAUAUUAAAAUUUUGAGUGUCCACUAGUGUAUAUAUAAUCAGUUAUGUAGAAAACUGAGCCAGACUAUUUAUUAUUACAUUAUGUAAAUCAUAAGUUUUUCUUUUUAAUGACACCACUAGAGCACAUUUAUUUAUUACAGUAAUCGUUGCUAUUGGAUGUCAAACAUAUGGUCAUUUUGACACGG